ACCGAAGAAGAAGGAAGAGGCGGAAGUAGACAUGUUUUAGCCACAUUGUGGCAUUGUGUGUGUCACGGAAUGGCGCGUCUGUAGUUUCGGAGGUUUAUGUAAACUCAAAGCUGAACUCGUCUGGGCAUUAACUGAGGGGCCUCUAGAUUUUAUCAAGAUGUCGGCGGAUGAUUUUCAGUCGAAGUAUGCCUCCGUCAUGGAGAGUAUGUUGAAGAGCGCCAUCGCGGAGACGACGAAACUUUUUGAAAACAUGGUGGAUGAGCUGAAGGAAGAAAUUUCCAAGAUCAAGAAGGAGAACGAGGACCUGAAAACGAGAUGUUACCAAUAUGAGACUGCCAAAAGCCAACCGGUUUCUCACACAGGAGAAAGUCACUCUGUUACAGAACCAGGCGAUGCCUCUGAGAAAUGCGACACCGCUAUACAGUGUGAUCUUGUUCCUUGCCGAACAAUUCUGGUGGAGGAAUGUGAACCAUUAAUGCGCACAGAACUGGAAAGGCACGGUCAGCAAUGCAACCAUAAGUGGAACAACUACAGUUUACAAGAGCACAACUAUGUCAGUUAUAGAGACAGAAAUUCUCAGAUGGAGUUUGUAGUUGUCAAGGAAGAGUCCCAGUUCAAGCAAGAAGAUGAUGACCCUGAAUUUGAAUCAGGUUCAUUUGGGGCUUCUGUUGGUGGAGCUCCAAUUGGAAGACCAAACUUAAACAAUUCUUCAACUGCCCAAAUAACAGUACCUCAGAAAAUGAACAAUCCGGUGGUUUUACAUUUGCCCUGUUUAGAAACUGAAAGUUCACAGGUAACACGCAACCAGUCCACUGGCAUGCAGCAGUCCUUGGUUAUUUCACUUAAAGAUGCCCUGAGGGACGAUAUUAAGGAAGAGUCGGAAAUAGUGGAAGUGGCAAAACAAGGACUCGCAACAUCUGAGGGCAAACAAAUGGUUCCUCACACGGACAGUGGAAUAACACAUAAUAAGCAAACCCAUUUAGAGUCUGCAUCAGUCAACGCAAACAUGGCAGGUGAAGAAUUAAACAAAGAAGUCCCUGAAGGGGAAGAUAAUUCCAAGCCCAAAUCUUCUACAGGUCGCAAAAGAGGACGCCCACCAAAGAAAACUAGGCAAAAACAAGCUCUUCCUACUUCAACAGAUAAAGAUCCAAAACACCAGGUGGACUUAAAGACAAAGGAGAUGACGCGUUCUUCACCAUCAUUGGUGACUUCAUCUGUCAUGAGUUCAUCAAUCAGAGAGAGUGCAGAUACUUCUUUGAAAGACAACAUCAUAGAUGUUGAAUCUUUGAGUUGCAGCUUUUCCUCUGGAGAGCAACCCACAUUUGAAUUGCAAGAGCAUUGCCCAGAAGUCAAAAAAGACAUGACAGCAGAUAAAACACCAACCACCUCAUUGGCUGUACCACUACAAGCAUCUUCAGGUUUGCUCAAAGCUUGCCAGACUUCGGUUAGCCUUCAGGAUGCCUUGCUGCUCGUUGAAGCUAUGAAUCAGUCAACUUUGGAAAAGAUUGAUCUCCCAUUAAAAGUCACAUCACAGCCUCAGAUCAUGUCCAGUUCUGUUUCUUCUGUGAGUUCCUUCAAAGCAGUAGUUGAGACCCCAACAGUGCAACAGAUGGCUCCUGUUGAAACUCUGUUCAUGUCGACUAAGACAUCAUCUGCGUCUGCCGAUUUAACAGCUCCCUCUUCAUCAAAAGUAGACCUUCAAAAUGCUGUCGUCACGCUACAACCAUCACAGUUGCCUCCAAGUUGUACUACAUCAUCAUCUUUGUCGUCGGCUUCUGCUACUCAGACUGUCAUAAAGUCACUGCCGCUUCCUCUGAUCCAUAGGCCAGCACCCAAUAAAGGGCCUCGUACAAUAAUUAUUCUCCCAAGACCUUCUCUUACAUCUGAUAUUACCAAAGCAGGGUCUCAAACCCCACGUUCUCCAGUUAAACCAGCAACUUUGAACAAAAGUUAUCUACCUCCAUUAUCUACAGCAGCUACGCCUCCCCUUUCUUCAGUUUCCAAAAAAACUAUUAAAGUUGUCUACAGGAAGCAGGAUCCUGUCAUGUCUUUACAGUCAAGCACCAUCUUUACAGAUCAUCAGUAUGUGGCACCUCAAACAAUAACUAUUGUUUCAAAAGCGAUGCCAUCUGGAGUCUCCAGAGAACCUGAGACGAUUGCUCUUGCAGCAAGCCUGGAUGACAAGGAAUUUGUUGCUCCUGUUAAUCCAGAAUCAUCAGAACGCUUGAUGUCUGAGUUACAAGAAUCAAGUUCAUCUUAUUCAGGUCAUGCAACAUUAUCUAAAAAAUUAUACAGCACAACUGACAACCUCAACUCUUCUGGACAAAUUAGCUCUAAUGCUAAAAGUACAAUAGCUUCCAUUCAAGAACAUUCAGGUUCAGAAUUUCCAGCUGAUGGAGUACCACCAUCGGUAUCUUCGGCUUUAACCCAAGCUACUGAGCGCAAACUCAGAGCAGUGGUCAGAUUAACUCGACUCCCGUUGUCCAUUUCCACCAAAGAAUCGGUCUUAAUCUCAACGUUGGUAUCCAAAGGUAUCGUACAAGAAAAGUCAUCAUAUGCUCAUGUCUCAGAUGAGGCAGAUCGACUAACUCCUGAUUUGGAACAGGACAUUUUAUGCAGUGACAUGGAGGACGAACAAGAAUGUCCUUUCAUAACACAGGAGGACACAUCUGACCCACAUGUUCAGAUGAGUAAAGCUCAGUUUCUAGCCAAACUCUCUGUGUCACCUUUGGAAAAUGAGUCCAACGUUAAUGAAAUUUCAAAUGCCAAAUCCAUUGUUUCCCGUCUACGUAGUCAUCUGCAGGCUCAUGUGGAAGCAAAAAGAAGUUCGACAAAACAGGUUGCAGGAGAAGAAAUGUGGACUGAGAACAAAAACAAGAAACCACAGUUAAUUGUUCAAGACUCAACCAAAAUACCAGCUCGAGCUCUUUAUAUUGUCUCUCCAAGUAAGAUUGCUUGUAUGCAGAGUUUAGGACUUCACAAGGGUGGUGGUGAACUAAGUGGUACUUCUAGAAUGUCAGGAUCUACAAAAGAAUCACCUAAUGUGGUUUUUAAGAAGCACUGCUCAGGUAGACGUAGUGUUAUGAAGUCUAUAUCUGGAAGUCAAAGGCAGUUGAGCCCUCCAAAAGAAAGUACAAGCAUAAAUGUAACUAAAUCAACUUCUGUGAGCCCAAAGAAGCCCCCUUCAAAUGAAAAUGAUGCAAUUUCACUAGUUAAAAGGUCCAGUUCUGUCAGUCCCAAGAGACCCACUUAUAUAAGUUUUAAAAUAACAGGAAAUGAUUCUACCCCUAUAAGUGCAAAAUCCAAUUCACUGAGUCCUAGGAGGUUAAGCAAAGUAUCUUCUAGUCCCGAAAAAAGAAAAUCUAGUGCAGAUGAAAACAACUCAAGCCCCGAGAUGUCGAGCACCCAAAGUUGUUCUACAUCACCUAAAUCCAACCCCAAGACAAAAUCCAUGAAAAGGGAAUACAGUCCUUUCACUCCUAGGAGGUAUAUUGUAACUGCAGACAGUUCUAUUACUGAGAUAACUAAGAGUGAACCUGAAUCCCCCAGUCCAAAGUGUCUUAAAAUGGCAAAAAAUGAUCCUAGUCCCUCAAUGACUGUAGAAUCCAAUCCUAAGAAACCCAGACAACUUCAAGGCCAUUGUGGUCGGAAAACAAACCAUAAAGUUGCAAGUGCCAAGAAAUUGACCAAUGCAGCUAAAGGUAGGAGAAGAGUUGGGAAGAAAAGAGGUAGCUAUAAAAAGAAAAAGCUGGAGUUACCAGUGAUUUCAUCAGGGGUUGUGAAGAAGUGGCGAGCUAAAGUGUGGUAUCCUCCUAUGCUUCCGCCCAAUGAAAAACCCAUGACGGACAUAAUAAGGCCACCACCUCUAAAGGUAGAAUACAGAAUUCCAGAUAUACCCCUUAGUGCACCACCUAUUGUGUCACCCUUACAGCCAUUGGCUGUCAUCGGCAGGCAUCUGCUGAGGAAUCAGUGUGGAGAAUGCGGCCGUGUUUUUAGCAACAGCAAUGCACUUGAGAGCCAUGUCAGUCUCCAUAGAAUAUACCGGCCUUUCUCCUGUAAACUCUGUGGGAAGUACUUCCCAGACUCCAAGACUUUUAAACGCCACGAUCGGGUACAUCGCAACGGCAGGAUUCACGUCUGCCAACAUUGCGGGAAGGGCUUUGUUUAUCGUUUUGGUCUAAGCAAACACAUCCAAAUGGUCCAUGGCAGGAUAAGACCUUUUAUCUGCCAGGUAUGCGGCAACGGCUUCUACACCAAACGGGAUGUAGAAAUCCACAUACGGAUCCACACUGGAGAGAAACCUUUCCAAUGCCACAUCUGUGAAAGGAGAUUUACAAGGAAAGUGGAGUUGAAUGUGCAUUUGCGGUGGCACAAUGGAGAAAAGAGACACUGGUGUCAAUAUUGUGGUAAAGGAUUUUUAGAUUACAACAACCUGAAGAGACACAGAUAUACCCACACUGGGGAGAAACCAUAUUCCUGCCCACACUGCCCCAAGAACUUCACUCAGACUGGUCACCUGAAAAAGCACGUUAAAACUGUGCAUAAAAAAUAAAAUGUUUUUUAUGCACAAAAUAAAAUGUUUUUUAUGCAUGUAAAAACAUUUUUUACAUGCAUCAAAAAUGUUUUAUGCAUGUAAGGGUUUGGGAAAAUAAAACAAAAAUGGCAAAGUGUAUAAUGUGAACAUAGAUGCAUUGACGAGCCCUUAAAUUCCAAUAGAAUUUGCACAAAAUAGAUGCAUCUUUUAGAAGAUAGGUUGAUAUCUUAUUUUUUUUAAAACUGUUAUAUCUGGCACAGUGUGCUUUUUAUAGUGUAGCAAGAAAAAACUUGUUGGUAUCUUUGCUGUUUAAAAUAAUUAAUCUGGAAUUUAAAGACAAAGUUAUGCAAACUUGUGCUUUUUUAUUUUGCGGUGGGAAAGUAGCUGGUUUUACUUAAUUUGUGAGUAACAAUUACCAGAUUUGUGGUAACCCUUUUUUUUAUUAUUGCUUGCCAUAGCUUUGAAGGAGUAUGUCAUAGGAAAAUUAUCUAUUACAUACUGAAUGCUUUGUAAAUUUCCAAGAGUCUGCAAGUUGUAGCUCUUAGAUGAUUGUUUUAAAUUAUCCAGUGACAAGUAUUUGACUCGCUCUCCCGUAACCUCACACACACAAUUAAAAUAUUUAACAAGACUUAAUGCAACAUUGGCAUUUGAACCAGCAGUGAGUGCAUUGUUUAUCUAAAUAUAAUUAUUUUUAUUUAAGAGAAUUUUUUAAUAUUGUAAUUUGUUUCAUUAUGUAGCUUUGUCAGGCUUAAUGUUAGACUCUUGAAUUGACUUGCUUUUACAGUAAUUCAAUACAAGUAUGUAAGCACUUAAUGUAUCAACAUCAGAAGAGCUGUAAAUGUUUUUUUGCUUCAUCUCCUGUUUACACUGCUCAUGGCAAUAAUUUUUUUAUAAACGGCUUUUAAUUCAUUUCGAUAUCAGGUUAUGAACAGUUUGAGCAGAAAAAAAGUGUUGUGAUAUCAGUGUGUGAUUUUGAGCAUGCUUUAAGUUUAUUUUGACUUCAUUUCAUGCCUUAGUUGAACUUUUUUGUUGAACAGGAAAAAGAAGCACUUCGGCAAUGCUUCAGUGUCUGCUGAUUGAGGCAAAGAAGAAAGCAGAAAAGUAUUAAAUUUAAUCCUAUGAUUACUGUUGCAUUGCAAAAGUAGUAAUACUUUACUAAUUGCCUAAGUUUUUUUUGUUUUGUUUUUUUCAGUGCACAAGAUAUUAAAAUGUUUUAAAACAUUCGAUAUGUAAGUUAUGGAAGACUGCUGUAUAUAUUGUAAAGUUACUGAUUUCUGUCAAUUUCAGAUGGAUAUUUUGUUUGAAGAAAUAAUAAAUGUCUUUUACAAAAGUCUAAG